GGCAGACAGGGGGAGAGAGAAAUAGAUAGGGAGAGGGAGUUGAGUGAGAGAGAGGGCUCUUUAAAUGCUCACUGACUGACGGCGGCGGCCGGAAGCUUCAUCCCCAGAGGCCGACUUCGCUUUUCCCGGCGACUUCUCUUGUAGCUCCGCCAUACAACCGUAGCUCCCUCCGCCGUUGCCGGAGAUUGCUUCAUUUUCUCGUUUCCCGGUGACAUUUCCGGCGAUUUGUUCGAACACUAAGCUCGCAUUCUGUGGUUCUCAAAUCGAACUAUUUCACUGUUCGUUCUCUCGACAGUUUCUUAAACUCGUAAGACCUCCCACAGUUCGAAUCGGCUGUUUUUGGACAGAUCUCUAGGGUUUUUAAACUUUACCUUUUGAAGGUUCGCACUUUGUCCAAGUUGUUCCUUUUUUUUUUUCUAGGGUUUUUCGUUGCUAGUGCAGCUCUUUUGUUGUGUUCCAUUUACUUCUCUUCACAUUACGUUUGCAAGCAAAGCCGUUUGCAAGCAAAUUUCUAGCCGUUAAGAGACAAGGUGAUAUAUACUUAUGUAUAUAUGUAACGGUUGUAUGAGGUGAAGUUAGGUUUUCCUGUGCGUCGUAUUCGUCUGAUAAGGCUCUUUCUUUUGUUUGAAGUUUUUGAAGUGCUCAAAAAGGUUCCAAGAUCAGUCAUUUCAAUUGCUUUGGAAGUUGUUUGUUUGUCUCUUCUUACGGUUCCGCUGUAUUUUUCAACUGGGUUUGUCUUCUUAAGUCGUGUUUGUUGCAUAAUUAACCAAUGCCUUGACUUUCUUUUGAGAAGUAUGGUCACAACAUCCCAUCUUUCUCUCUAGGCUUGUAGCUGAUAUUCAGGGUCGCUAAGGGUUUUACACUUUUUUCCAUGGAAGUAUAAGAAAAGUCUUAUUUGCGUUGCAUUCAUUCAGAAUGGAGAUGAAAAGGCUGUUCAAUCAAUUCGCUUUGCUUCUAUUUGUCCCAAUUUGUGUGCUUUCUAUGAAUCAAUCUCUGAACGAUGAUGUUCUGGGGUUGAUUGUAUUCAAGGCCGAUAUACGAGAUCCAAAUGGGAAACUGGUAUCUUGGAAUGAAGAUGAUGAUAGUCCCUGCAACUGGGUUGGGGUAAAAUGCAACCCUAGAUCCAACAGGGUCUCGGAGCUUGUCCUCGACGGGUUCGCCCUUUCGGGAAGGAUUGGCCGUGGCCUGCUCCAACUAAGAUUUCUCACCAAGUUAUCCCUGGUGAAGAACAAUUUUACUGGAAGCAUUAGCCUGAGUCUUGCUCGGCUGGAGAACCUGCGAGUUAUUGACUUGAGCGAGAACAGCCUUUCGGGACCAAUCCCGGGUGACUAUUUCCAACAAUGUGGGUCUUUAAGAUCGAUUUCCUUGGCCAACAACAAAUUUUCGGGCCAAAUUCCGGAUAGUUUGAGCUCCUGCUCAACACUUGCUGCGAUCAACUUUUCCUCCAAUCAACUUGUGGGUUCGUUACCGUCUGGGAUCUGGUCUUUGAAUGCACUUAGAUCACUUGAUCUGUCAGAUAAUUUGCUGGAUGAUGAGAUUCCAAAAGGUAUUGAAGGUAUGAAUAACUUGAGAACAAUUGAUUUGAGCACGAAUCAAUUUUCAGGUCAGAUUCCAGAUGGAAUUGGAAGUUGUUUGCUUUUGAGGUCGAUUGAUUUCAGUGAGAAUUCCUUUUCUGGGAGUCUUCCAAACACAAUCCAGAAACUUGGCUUGUGUACUGUUCUAAAUCUAGGGAAAAAUUCAUUUGCUGGUGAGGUACCAGAAUGGAUUGGAGAAAUGGGAAAACUGGAGACUCUGGAUCUUUCAGAGAACAACUUUUCUGGCCAGGUUUCUACUUCAAUUGAGAAGCUUCAAUCGUUGAAGGUACUAGAUAUUAGUUGGAAUUCAUUAACUGGUAGUCUUCCAUCUUGGGUGUUUAAAUUGGGUUUACAGAGUGUGUUGCUUUCGGGGAACAGAUUGAGUGGGGAUAUGGACAGUUUAUUUUCUUCCUCAAAGAACAGCUUGAAUGGAGGGCUUCAGGUCUUGGACUUAUCCCACAAUGGUUUAACUGGUGAAAUUCCCUCUGCUAUUGGGGAUUUUGGUGGCUUGAAGUUCUUAAAUUUGUCUAGAAACUCGCUUGUAGGUGGUAUUCCAGCAAAUAUUAGAGAAUUAAAGGCCUUGGAUGUUCUUGAUUUGAGCGAAAAUCAGCUGACUGGAAGCAUUCCAUUGGAAAUUGGAGGAGCUACUUCUCUGAAGGAACUGAGACUAGAAAAGAACUCCUUGGGAGGAAUAAUUCCAAUUUCAAUUAAGAGCUGUUCUUCACUGGCGACCUUGGUCCUGUCACGGAACAACCUAACUGGCCCAAUACCCGCAGGCCUAGCAGAACUCACCUACCUUCAAAAUGUGGACUUGUCUUUUAACAAACUCACCGGUGCCUUACCAAAGCAGCUGGCAAAUCUUCCCAACCUCCUCUCCUUCAAUAUUUCCCACAACCAACUCAAAGGUGAACUGCCUGCUGGUGGUUUUUUCAACACCAUCUCUCCCUCCUCUGUCUCUAGCAAUCCAUCUCUUUGUGGUGCCGUAGUCAAUAGGAGUUGCCCUGGUGUUCUUCCCAAACCAAUUGUCCUCAAUCCCAACUCUACUGAAUCCACUCCGGGCUCAAUCCCUCAAAGUCUUGGCCACAAGAAAAUUAUCCUCAGCAUUUCUGCCCUUGUUGCAAUUGGUGCAGCUGCGGUGAUUGUCAUUGGCGUCAUUGCCAUCACUGUCCUCAACCUCCGUGUUCGGUCUUCCACAUCUCGUUCUGCAGCAGCUCUUACAUUGUCAGGUGAUGAUGACUACAGCCAUUCUCCCACUACGGAUGCUAAUUCUGGCAAGCUUGUCAUGUUCUCAGGCGACCCUGACUUCAGCACAGGGGCACAUGCUCUGUUAAACAAGGAUUGUGAGCUUGGACGUGGUGGAUUCGGAGCUGUCUACCGGACUGUUCUUCGAGAUGGGCGUCCAGUGGCCAUCAAGAAGCUCACUGUCUCCAGUCUUGUCAAGUCCCAAGAAGAUUUUGAACGGGAAGUUAAGAAAUUGGGGAAACUGCGGCACAAUAAUCUUGUGGCACUUGAAGGGUAUUAUUGGACUCAGUCAUUACAGCUCCUUAUAUAUGAAUAUGUGUCUGGUGGAAGUUUGUACAAGCAUCUUCAUGAAGGAUCAGGUGGAAACUUCCUUUCAUGGAAUGAGAGGUUUAACAUAAUUCUUGGGACAGCAAAAAGUUUGGCUCACUUGCACCAAAUGAACAUAAUCCACUACAAUCUUAAAUCAAGCAAUAUCUUGAUUGAUAGCUCAGGUGAUCCUAAAGUGGCAGAUUUCGGCCUGGCGAGGCUGUUGCCUAUGCUAGAUCGUUAUGUUUUAAGUAGCAAGAUUCAAAGUGCACUCGGUUACAUGGCACCUGAAUUUGCAUGCCGCACAGUCAAGAUAACGGAGAAAUGUGAUGUUUAUGGUUUCGGGGUUCUGGUUCUGGAGGUUGUCACGGGGAAGAGGCCGGUUGAGUACAUGGAGGAUGAUGUGGUGGUGCUUUGUGACAAUGUCAGAGGAGCACUGGAAGAAGGCAGGGUGGAGGAAUGUGUCGAUGGGAAGCUUCAGGGGCAUUUUCCUGCCGAGGAGGCAAUUCCAGUAAUGAAGUUGGGCUUAAUCUGCACGUCGCAGGUGCCAUCAAACCGGCCAGACAUGGGAGAGGUGGUUAACAUAUUGGAGCUUAUCAGAUGCCCUUCAGAAGGCCAGGAGGAAUUGAUAUGACAUUUAACUUCUAGAUGUUGAGAAGAGUGAUUUACAAUGGCUUAUCCGGCGAAGAAGAAUCCGGUUGGUAUCUUGAAUCAGUGAAAAAAGUGAGAUUUGAUUGUUGGAAGUUUCUUUUGUUUACUUUUUUGGUGUUCAAUUUCUUGAUCACUACCGUUGUAGUUUCUUCUCUAUGUUGAUUGCCGGAUUCCUUUUCACCGGGUUCCAAUUCGGACCCCAUUGGAUAUCAUCACCGCCAGUUAUUGAUAUUUAUGUUCUUGGGUUUCUUGUUA